AAAUGGCGGCACGGAAGUAAAAGAAACUCGAGUUUUUCCUACUGCUGUAUUUGAAAAUGAAACUUAAAAGCUUUGCAGUUUUUGUAGCGAUCAGCUUUUCGAUUGCUUUUCUUUCCACAGCAGUUUAUUUGAUAUUAUAUGAAAGGGAUGGCAGAAAAAAGAAUGAAGAAGAUAAUUACGAUCGAGAAACUCUAGACUUCCCAUUUCUACAAGAUACCAAAACUAUUGAGUUUAUCAUGAAUUCUAAAGUCAUGCUCAUAAUGAGAGGUUUACCUGGAAGUGGAAAAUCAGAAAUAGCACGAAAUAUAAAACAGGUGUAUGGUGAUCUGGCUGUGAUCUGCUGUGCAGAUGACUUUAGGUUGAAUGAUCAAGGCCAAUACGUUUGGAAAAUCGAGGAGUAUGAAGCAACACAUAUUAAAUGUAACGAAAAAGCAAGCAGGGCCUGUGAAGAUGAGAUCCCAGUGGUUGUCAUAGAUAACACCAAUGUUGACUCCAGGAAGCUGUCCAAAUACAUCACUAUUGCAUACAAUACUUGUUACCAUGUGGUAUUGGUGGAACCCAGAACAUGGUGGAAAUACAAUAUUACCGAACUAGCAGUGAGGAACCUCCAUGAUGUAACUGAAGUUACUCUGAGAGAUCUAAUGUCAAAGUUCAAGCAAAUGUUUGCAAUAUAUUAUGGAUGGUUUCCAUCAGAAGAGAAAUUAGGGACUUUGAAAGACUGCAUGCUGCAGGUGUUGAGAGACUGCAUGGGAAAAAUCCCUUCAUUCAGAGAUCAGCUUGCUAAGAAGAAUUAUAAAGAUGCUCAAGGUUUCACAGAAGUUACAUGUAAUGCAUUAUCGAUGCCUUGUUUAGAAAAACAGCCCAUUCGUCUCCAUGUAACUUCUUUUUUUGAUCAAGGAGUAUUUGGUCAUAAAUCAAGUGACUAUGCUUCCUUGCCUGCUGUGCAAGAAGCUCUUGGAUCUGUAACAACACUGACAGUCAUUGCGUGGACAAUCACACCAAGAGCUGUAACAGCAAGGGUCAAAUUAAACCAAUCACAAUUAAAGUUGUGGGGAAAGUCGGAUUCUGUUACUUCUGGGGAAGCAGGUCGUCACUUCAGAAUCAAUGAAGCUACAGCCUGUGUGUCUGAAACUGUAGAUUCUUCCUUUGUUCCUAUUUCAUAUGCCAACCUGGCAAUCAAACCAGCAGUGGGUGUUGGAGACACAGCCCACAUCACUCUCUCCCUACAGAGAGACACAAGGCCAGUCCAAGGGCAACAUGACAUGAGUGAGCUUGUCAGGCUGGAAAUGCAGGCCAAUCAGGAUUACCUGGAGUAUGCACUCACCAAGGGUGUAGCACGUGACUAUGGUGAUGGACAUUGGGCUGUCUAUUUAAAUGAACCCCUUUACAUUGAUGCACUUUUCACAGGGUUUUAUGGUUCCUGAUCUUGUGUUCAAAGAUUUGUAGUAGGGCUUAAUCCUGGUGAUUCACAACUGUGGCACUACAGCUCUCAUCCUAAAUUGAACCAAAAUUAAUUUCCUUUGGGUUUGCUCAACCCAAUCUUUGCAUUAUCUUUGUCAACUUAAAUCAAAGAUAGGAACUCUUAAAUGUGGCAAUUCAAGGAGAUAUUUUUUCUUUUGGGCAAUGUUGUUAAUAGUUUUACCUCUAGUAAGUCAAACCUCUCUUUCAAAAUUUAGCAGAGUGCCCUUUUUUUGCCCAUUGUUUCAUUGAAUGGAUUUCAUACUGAAUAUCUAGGACCUUUCUUGUCGUAAGAAUGUGAGUGUGUCAGGAAACAUUUUACAUCUUAUUGGUUUCGAAUUCAUCAUUUCUUCCAAUACACCAAAUAAUCAUACUCCCGAUUACCUGUGCAUUCAAUGAUGUCCUCUGACCAUUUGGGAUGAUGGGGGUUUACUUAUUUGUUUUAUUUAUUUAUCAUUUUAUUGCUGACUAACAAUAAAAAAGAUUACAGGUACAACAA